UGUGCUGCUAAAAUAUUGGAACCAAAUAAUUGAGUUAUUUGCCGGUGUUACUAACAAUUUCGCUUGUGAUAAUGAUCUCGAGUAAAAAAGCCACACAAAGAAACUGGUGCAUAAAAAUAUUGUGUCAGAGAAAUUUGGAUCUUUAAUAUGUCGAUGACUGUGCUGAAAGGCUGAUUUAUUCUCUGAAGUUGGAUUAUAUUAAAAUUCAGACAUAAGAAGUCAUCCGUUUAAAUUGAGGCUGCUGGUAUUCAAGCAUUAUUAGUGGAUUAUGUGAGUUCACUUGUGGAGAAGUUGUGACCAAGUGUUGAUAAAAGUUCGGUGUGCAUAAUAUUUGGAUUAAAUUUUGACAAGUCAGAGGGAUGUUACAUAGGAAAUAGGUACCAGUAACAGAAUAAUGUGAUGAUUCCUGCAAAGUGACAUAUUUCGUAAUAGAAGGAUUUAUCUUAAUUGAGAGGAGAGGGUCACAACAGUGAAAACAUGGGGACAGUUAGAGAUCUGAAAGAUUUCAUGCUGGAAGCAGAACUAGAUCAUUACUACAGUGCCUUCAAAAAUGAGCUCAAGAUUGCAACUGUUCCACAGAUUAAAUAUGUAGCAGAAGAGGACCUGUCAUCUAUAGGAAUGACCAAACCUGAAAUGAGGCGGCUCAAGAAAUUCUACAAGAAAGAAUGUCCUCAAGGGAAGCUAGAGAAAUUUAAAAGGGCAUUGAUGGAGAAAGCCAGUUUGAGCCCCACUUCACACAGAACACUCAGUCCCACACCUGAUCACCGCAUAUCCAGACCUAUAUCUUAUAUUCGACCUACAGGCAAACAGAUCAUAUCCUCAGAUGUUAUAGAAGUGAACAAGACGCUAGGGGAAGGGGAGUUUGGGGUGGUCCAGCAGGGGGUCUGGACUACAGAAGAGGGAGAGAAGGUCCAAGUUGCGCUGAAAUGUUUAAGUCGUGAACGGCUGGAGAACGGUACCCAGGAGUUUUUGAAGGAAGCCGGGCUCAUGCAGACGAUAGAUCAUGAAAAUAUUGUACGCAUGUACGGGGUUGUGCUAGACAAGAAUUCUUUAAUGUUGGUGACAGAGUUAGCUCCCAUGCGCUCCCUACUGGAAUGCCUUAAAGAUCCAGUGUUGAAGCAGGAUUUUCCGUUACCACGGUUAUGUGACUUUGCCCAGCAGAUCUGUGAUGGUAUGAGUUAUCUGGAGAGCAAACGACUGAUUCACAGAGAUCUGGCUGCCAGAAAUAUACUUGUGUUCAGUAAAUCUAAGGUGAAAAUAAGUGAUUUUGGUUUAUCACGAGCUUUAGGAAGAGGGAAGGAUUAUUAUCAAAGUAAUUUUAGUAUCAACCUGAGGCUGCAAAUAGCAUGGUGCGCUCCGGAAUGUAUCAAUUACCUGAAGUUUACCUCAGCCAGUGAUGUGUGGGCAUUUGGUGAACUGUUUACUAACGGCUUCCAACCAUGGGCAGGAAUGAACGGCCAACAGAUAUUGGAUGCAAUCGACUCGCCCAAUCACCAAAGAUUAGAACAGCCAGAAUUGUGUCCAAAGAAUUACUAUGAUCUCAUGUUGAAAUGUUGGGACCAUGAACCUGAAAACCGACCAACCUUCAGUGAAAUGUACAUAACACUACCACAGAUGCGACCCACUCAGGUAAAGGCAGUGAAAGAUUUCCCAGAAAUUACUGUCCCGAAAGACUACAUUUACUAUCGUGCAUAUGACGUCAUUUCUGUCCUCGAUAAAACACCUUCACAUCCACCUGUGCCAGGUUUAUGGAAGGGUGCACUAACCAGUGGAAAAGUGGGAUAUUUUGACCCCUGCAAUACAGUCCCUUUCAUAGAACCAAAGAGUAGCCCUGAUGGGGGAACACCAAAAAAGUCAAUCACAAGAAAAGAUUCAAAGAGAUCUGCAAGUAAGAAGAUCCGCCCCGACAUGAUAAGCCGACCUCAGAAUGAUCUACGUCAUACAGGUCAUAUAGGAUAUGAUGGUGCCGUAUUCGGUGAUGUUGGCUUUAUUGGCGAUAAUUAUGAUAAACUGCCAGUUAAAACUGCUUCAAUAGGUAAACUAGACGACAGCCGUAAUUCUAUUAACCUGACCCGGAUGUCAGACAGUCCAGAUAGGGAAGUUAAGCUAAGCCUAUCCGACUCGUCCUUGAAUGGUGGACCAGGACAUAAAACUAAUGGUUUUGGUAGAUCAUGGAUAAGUGUAGAGUCGCUGGAGUCACAGUCUACCGGACGGACAGACGAACGAGACGACCACGCUGAUGGAUAUUUAGAUAUAGACGAUGACUCUAUCCUUGCUGAUUUCAAAAUGCCAGAUCUUGGGUCUUCGUUUGAUUUCGGUGGAUCUUUCAUGGAUGAGGUACUUAAAGCGCUCAGUGAGAAGGAAACCCAGCUCGAGUCAAAUAACGAGAAACAGUCUACGAGUUCUAAAGAAGAUAUGGCUUCUCCUAUUGCAGAACGAAGUUUGUCGGUAUCUCCACCAAAAGAGGUUCGAUCCCCACCACCCCCACUGCCUACACAGCCUCCGAGAGUGGCUCCGCGGAGAUUUCCUAGCCACAAGGAGGCAAAACCAAGCAAGGCCGAAGCUCAGCGGUUACAGGCCAAAGUAAAACCAAUGUCCACAUCAGACGAGAAAAUGAUGGAGGAAGCUAUAAACAUUGCAAACGAGUUCGCCACGCAAAGUGAGCGCGCACAAAUGGUGCGACAAGAAUCUCUAUCGGACAGACCAGCUGACGACAGCGGUUCUAGUUCCCCGAGACUUAUUUCAAAACUUAAGGCGUCCAUAAAACGAGGUAGUCCAAAAUACGAAAGACAGCGAUCUUUUUCGGACAGUUUGAAUCAGGAAAACGAUGAUGUGCCUCCUGAGGCACAAGAAGCUUAUAAUAUGUUAGUUGUUCAUGGGUCGGCUAAGGAGACCUCUCGUGGGUAUCAGGGUGCUUAUGGUAGUGACAUUGAUAAAAGAGAAUCUCUAGUUAGUAAUGGAAGUGUCGGACAUAAUUUCUCCUAUGCAGAUUCAUCGUCUUCUAGUGUAUCUAGGACUCCAGACAGGGACACCCCUGUUAGAAAUAUAUCUAGACAUUCAUCAGAAAGGAGUUCUGUUUCCCCACCAAAUUUAAAUAGGUCAUCAAGUAGAGGAGCUGACAGGCCAGUACCGAAACCCAGACCGGAUGUGCCACCACCAACUCUACCUAAGCGUGGAGAAAUUCCUGUGCCAAAACCCAGACCAGAGAUUCAGCGAGUUGAACCAACGGUGCGAGUUGAACCGACUGUUCGAGCUCCGCCUCCAAUACCAUCUAAAGACUUUGACACUUCUAGUGCUAUAAGUAGUGAAAGUGCUUCAAACAGUGCAUUUGAUAAUCCUUUACUGAUAAAGGAAGAUGACUGGAAAAAUUCAGAAGAAAGUUUACGAAGUGACAGAAAUUCUCAACAUUUACAAGAAGAGAAAAUUGACAGUUUAAACACAAGCACAGACUCUGGGAGAAAAUCAACAAGUCCCUCUGAUGUGUCACAAUCAUCCGCUUCUAAAUUUUCGUUUUUCGAGGAAGACUUUGAUCAGCCGUCACCAAGGGAGAUAAUGAGUAAACUUGCAAGGGAAAGUCGGUUACGACGAUCCCUCGAUCACCAGACUGGUGCAACAGCUGCUGGUGAUGCCGGACCAAAUAGAAACUUACGAGAACCUCAGGGUAUACCUGGAAAAAGUUUUGCCACAGUCACAACAGAUGAGGAGGAGGUGGAAACGAACCCACUUCGUAUGCUUCGUGGUGGAGUGAUCCCUGUACGUGGCGGCAGAGGUGGUUCAGGUAUGACAUCAAACAAACCUACCCUCCGUCACCCCAAACUUCACUUCUCAACCGGAUCAUCAUUACAACAUUCGGUUUCCAUGGAUACAGGCAGGGAUAGGAAUGCGAGUCAAACGCAAUCCAAUGUGGUUCUCCAGGAGUCGGGAAAUGAAUCAUUAGAUUCGGGGAAUGGUUCCCCUCCAGCUUUACCUCCCAGGGAGAAGAAUGGUGAGGAAGUAGAUCUCAUGCAAAAACUCUUCGGUAGUGAUGUGACAAGAGAAGACUGUUUAGAGGCACUACAGGAUACAAAAUGGGACCUUCAUAAAGCUAUCAAAUUUAUUAAACUAAAACAACUUCUUAGCAUACAGCUAGGUGAUGUUAGUCGGUGCAAGGAAGCUUUGUUAGCAUGUGACUGGAAUAUCCAGAACGCGGCCGAUUAUAUGUUAAACAUUGAUGGAGGACGGUCGGGUAGACGUACCCCACCCAGUCCCGAAUGUGUAGACGUCUAGUCAGAUAACCUUUUGACCUUUAAGUGAUAAAGUGAAUACAUUUACUUAAAUCAUGGAUUUGAGAGAUACAUGUAGUUCCUUAGCGUAGAGUACUGCACUUAACAUAUGAUGUUGAAUUAGAUACACAGUUUUGAAUUGGAUUUCUUUAAAAACGCAAGUUCUUUUCUGGUCACAUGACUUUAGUCAAGUCACAUGACUAAGACAAUGCCAGUCAUGUGAUCACAAAGAGGAUCAAGAAAGGAGUUAUUGCUCUUCAAGAAAACGACGAAAAGUGAUGAAAUGCAAUUCGGCUGGAUGUUUCGUAAAACUGAAACAGUGCUAGUUUAGUCAUAAUAAGAACUGAUCUGAUCUUUUUAUAGAAUAGUGCUAAAAAAAAGUAGUGCAUAUAUAAAUUAUACAUUAAUUUUAUUGUGCCUGAUAAAUUAAAGAAAAAAAGUGCAAUUUUUUUUACGGUCUGUGUUAAGUUUCCAGGAAUGGAGAGUUGAAACUGAACGUGGACUACAUUUUUCUUGUGUAUGAAUUUUUUUUCUCGCGUAAGAAUACAUGUAUCUGCUGUUACUCGUCUGCUGUUCAAAGAGGUUGUUAAUGAAGUUAAGCAAAUACUUAAUCAGAGAUAAUGUCUUUGUUUUCAACGAAAAUUAUAUGAAGUUUAAAGACCAGCCCAUAUGGAUUUUUCAAGAUUUUUUUAUCAAUAUUUAGCCUUGACAACGCUUAUGAAAUGUGAAGUUUGCAUGCAAUGCAAUACUCCAGUAACUACAUAUAAAGCAGAAGAAGAGUUAUAAUCAUUUUGCACCAAGUCAUCGGGCUGGUCUUUAAACUUUAAACGUUAAAACAUUGACUGAAAUGAAAUUGCUGUAUAUGAUAAAAAGUGCAUUUGAUAAUACACAUGAACAUUUAUAAUAUAUUUAUAUAUUUGUUGCUCAUACUUGCGUAUAAGAGCUCAGUUAUGUGUUCAGAAUUAAAGUUACCAUUUGAAUGGGUGUUUUUUAAACAUUUGUUUUGUUUUCCUGCACUUAGGAUGUUCCAUCUGUAAUACAUUUAUAGUGAGGAAAUCUGUUCUGCCAACCUGAUCCCACAACAUGCGCAAGUCUAGAUACUUGAUAAUGUGACUCCGCGGUGAAAUUUUUUUUACUACUUUGAUCUAGUUGGGUACAAAUAAUUUGUUUUCAUACAAAAUAAACAAGAUAGUUAAAAAUUACAGAUGGAAUAUCUUGACAUGUUCAUGAAGUAAAAGUUUAAUUUGUUAACAUGUUUAAAAAAGACCACAUUAAAACGUGCACCAAUUUAACCCCUAACCUGCUGAAACCGAAGUGCUUAAACUGUGCCACAAGUAGGGAUGUCAAGGCCAGCCUGCUCUGCCGUUCAGUCUGACCUGGCUCUAUACUGUUGGUAGCUCAACUUAUAUAUUUGAUGUUGAAAUCCCUUAAACUUGGAAUGGACUGUUCCAAAUUCAAAGCUGGGCAAAACCAUUACACAGAUUCAGCAGGUUAAGGAUUAAAACGUCUUGUUCAUUUACCAUACAGUCAAACCUGUUAACAAAGGCCAACCAAGGGAGAGGUCAAUCGGGUCUUUCAUAGACCAGUGGUCUUUAAUUGGAGGUUCCUAUGUUCUUUUAAAUCAUUAAAGGAUUGUCUGAGUGGCCUUUUUACACAUGGUGGUCUUUAUUCAUAGAUGGUCUUUUAACACAGGUUUGACUGUAUCUACAAUUCAUAUAAUUAUUAUACACUGUCAAUCAUACAUUAUAUAUGCAUUAUAAAGCUGACAUAAUUAUUUGUUCGUCAUAGCACUCGUUAGCAAGAACAUUUGUUUUUGUAAGGGCACAUUAUAAAAUUUUUACUUCAGAGUCUAUGUAAAGAGCAGUCUUGCAUUGAGCCCUGGUCUCAGGUUUCUAAAACUUUUUUCCUGAUCUCUGGAUUUUCAUUGGUCAAUAUAAAUUCUCUUCUGGUUUCUGACCAAUCAAAUACCUGGGAUCUUUAAAUUUUGAAAAUUUCAAGAAGAGCAAGUAACUGCAGGUGAAGCAUUAAUUUUAUACAAUUUUUGAUGUUUCUCUGUUAAAUAAAUAAGCAGACAAUCCACACAAACACGAACAUUCAGUAAUUAAUUUUUAUUUUUUUAUU